AUGAAGGUGGUGGUCCCAGUCAUUGUGGUUGUCAUUCACAUACUUCCUGAGGGUCCUCUUGAUAUUUUGAUUGGUUCUUUCAUCCUGUUCAAUCAAUGCAUUUAUAAGGUUGAUGAACAUCUGCAAGACAACCAUGGAACUUCCAAAAGACAAACAGCCAAAGAGUUACCUGCCCAUUGGUCUGGGGAUGAUCUCAGGAAGUCUCUAUAUGGACAGAGAAUUGCAUCGGAAACGAUACUGAAUGCUGUGACCUGGUUUAUGAAAGAUCCAGAUCCACCAAAACCACGAGUGCUUUCUUUACUUGGACCAACAGGAGUGGGAAGAACUUACAUCAUGAAAAUCAUUGCAAGGAAUAUUUAUGAAAAAGGGGAAAAUAGCAAACAUGUCCAUACAUUAAUAGCCACAUAUCAAUUUGUAUACAAAAUCGAAGCUCAAUUUAAAGCAUGGAUUUAUGGAAAUGUUCCAAGUUUUCCACGCUCCAUGUUUAUAUUUGAUGAAAUGGACAAGAUGAACCCACAUCUAAUAGAGACUAUCAAACCUUUUUUGGACUACAUGCCCCAUGUGGAUAGAGUGUCAUUCAACAAUGCAAUCUUAAUUUUUUUAUCAGGUGCAGGUACGAAUAUGAUUCACAAGGUUGCUCUGGAUUUCUGGAGAAAAGGCAAAGAAAGAGACGAACUACAUAUGAACACAGAGGGAAUGGAGACUAAACUUUAUCAAACAUUCUUCAAUGAUAAGUACAGUGGAUUUUGGCACUCCUGUCUAAUAGAUGAGCACCUGGUGGAUCACUUUGUUCCUUUCCUGCCUCUGGAACUGAAGCAUCUAAAGCAGUGUGUUCUGGCUGAAAUGACCAAUAUGAACAUCACUCAUGAUUAUGAUGUGAUGGACAGCAUGCUCAAAUACAUGCCCUUUUUUCCCCCAGAGGAGGAAGCCUUCUCUAUUAAAGGCUGCAAGACAAUACAUAAUAAGUUGGGGCUGCAUAUUAGGCUCUAG